UUCCCCUUCUUCUCCAGCGCUCAGUUUCUCCCCUCUGUUCUGUGCCCUAGCCUCCCCGACGUCCCCGUCUUCGACAUUUCUGCAGCAAUUUCGCCCGAUUUUCUUCUUUGUUCCGACGAGCUUGAAGCUACGUGACCGUGGGUCCGUGGUUCCGAGUCCGAAUUCCACUUCCACAGUGACCGAGCCUCCCCGUCUUCGACAUUUCUGCAGCAAUUUCGCCUGAUUUUCUUCUUUGUUCCGACGAGCUUGAAGCUCGGUGAUCGUGGGUCCGUGGUUCCGAGUCCGAAUUCCACUUCCACAGUGACCGAGCCUCCCCGUCUUCGACAUUUCUGCAGCAAUUUCGCCUGAUUUUCUUCUUUGUUCCGACGAGCUUGAAGCUCGGUGAUCGUGGGUCCGUGGUUCCGAGUCCGAAUUCCGCUUCCACAGUGACCGACUCUGCUCUGCCUCUGCCCAGUGACCAACUCUGCGUCGACGAGCUUCGACGGUUUGACCGCUGUCACCGACUCAUCGCCCAACGACAUCACCUUCGUCGACGUCUCGACCCCCUGACAGUCUACGGCCUCCUCACGCGGUGUGAGUCACAGCAACGAGAUUCUCCAGAAUCUCCAUGGUUAAUCAUACUAGAGAUCUUUUAGCGGCGUUUGCUUGAAGUUUUAUAGCGAAAACAAUAAGAAUGGAGGAUGGCGAGGAUGAAGUGAAGAAGGCACAGGUGAUCGAUGCUCGUGCGAGGAACAUCAGUCACAAUGUCCGCUGCACUGAGUGUGGAAGCCAGUCGAUUGAAGAUUCACAGGCUGAUAUUGCUAUUCUCCUCAGGAAGUUGAUCCGCGAUGAGAUUCGUGCUGGAAAAAGUGACAGAGACAUUUACAAGAAGCUUGAGGAUGAUUUUGGGGAGACCGUUCUUUAUACUCCUAAGUUCGAUUAUCAGACUGCAGCUUUGUGGCUAUCUCCGCUGCUGGUUGCUGGAGGUGCUAUGGGGGUAUGGGCUUUCCAAAGGCACAGGCAGAAGACGAAUGUCCACGUAAUGGCACUGAACCUUGUUAGAGGUGUUCCAUUGACAAGGAAUGAGAGAGCAACCAUGCUUGAUCUUCUCACUCCGCCUCCCUCGCAUCAAGGAACUCAAGGAAGUCCCUUCUCCUGGUGGAAGAAGUGGCGAGGCAAAUGAUCGUUUUAUGGAACAUUCCAGUGACAAUACCCUAAGGGCGGAGAAAAUUAUGGCUUUAUUCGUUCAUGAGAUCAAGUAGCUCGCGGAUAUGCCCAUGCUUUAGGUGCAGUAUAAAUCUAUUAUAUGUAUGUGACUUUGCCUCAGUUUUAGUCUAUAUAGUUAACAUAGGGGAGUCGUGUUAAUUUUGAGCACCGGGUAUGUUCUGAAUUUCUUUCUCCUCAGUCAUGAUGAUUGAGCAAUUAUCUCUUAUCAUUGGGCUGGAGAUAGUUGCCGUCUCUUCCCUCUAAAACAAGUUAUAGAAUGACAAUUUAGAGAAAAUGAGGUUACUUUCCAGUAUUAGUUUUUAGUGAUUUUCAAUGAUGAAAGCAACCAAUAAACAGAAGAGCGAGCUGUUGCCUUUGGAAAUGGGAAACGAUCCAAACAGAUGUGGACAAAGGAUCAUUUGCAGGAAAUUGUUGAAGCAUUGGAUUGUUAAGCUGUUAAGAACAUUAAGGGAAAAUAUUAUUUCUUCGA